UCGCUCUGUGGCUGCUGCGGGGUUUGUUGGUUGGUGUUGAUGCUGCUGCUGCUACUGUCGUCGCGCUGAGCCGAGCCGCUCUGCGCUCUACUGUGCUGCUAACCUACGCUGGUGUGCAGGAACUGCUCGCGGCCUGCCUGGCUCGGCAGCUCGGUGCUCUUUUCCAACAAAAUAGAAAGGCCGUGUUACUAACGCAACUACUACUGACACCACGAAGGCUACCUGGACGCCAAUACACAAUGGCACUUCACUGUUACUAACUAGUUUUACUGCAACUACGGCAAGGAAGACGACGACUAAAGACCCAUCGACAGGACAAAAAGACAGGCCGUCAAGGAAUAAAUUUAGUGUGGUGUCCACAGACGAAAGACGGACCGGCGCGCCAGUGACAUCCAGACCAUCCAAUGGACUGUCAAGUGAUGUAUACCCGUUCACCCAUCCGCUCACCCACCGAUCAUCACCAUUCAAUGAAUGAAUGAGUGAGUGAUGAAGGUACUUCAUAGCGAAAAAUACCGCGUUUCUACGAAACAAGUUCCAGUGACCUGGUAGAGUAGUCACUAAGCGGCGCGCAGUUAAUUAUUAAUAGUAAGAGCGUAGUGUUUAUUUCUGUUACAGUGCACACCGUCGCUGUUACUACGAUGAUCUUGGAAAUGUGGGACAUCCGCAGGCAGGCAGGCAGGCAGGCAGGCAGGCAGGCAGCCUAACUAAUAACUAAUGGCCGUAUACAUGCAGUUAUUGAGAAGAAAGAGAACAACAACAACAGCAGCAGCAGCAACAACAACAACAACAAUGACAACGACGGUGUAAUAAGGAUGAUUUAAUCGUGCGUCGCGACUGAAAAGAGAACAAAUGACAAAAAUACAGCGGCUAAAUAUUACUACGAGGACGACGACAACGUCUGAACGACGGUGUGCAAUUAGCCCAGUACGUGAAUAAGUGCAAACGGUUUAAGGUUGGUGGGAAAAUAACGUGUUCAACUGAGCUGCACACUCAGAUAUAUAUCAAAUUGUGUUUUCCAACAGCCUCUACCAACGGCUAAAUGGAAAGUGGAGAAUCCAAUAAUUAAUUUUUUCGUCAUAAGUUGCAUUCGUUGUUUCACUACAUGUGCGUGAAUACUACAAAAGAGUGUUUUUGUGAGUGUGAGAUUAUUAAGUGUGGCGUGAAGUGAAGGACCUAAUAAUCGUCGUCAUCAUCAUCGUCAUCAUCAUCACCACCACCGCCAUAUCCUGCUCUCUCGAAUAUAUCCUCAUGCUUUAUGCGUGCACCGUCAAGUUUUGUUGUUCUAGUAACGACGGAACGGCCGUACACCAAGCCGAUAGCUGCUGCUACAACAACAAUAUAGAUAAACAAUCUCCACGACAAUAAGAAUAACAAGCGCAGCAUUGUUAUCAACAACAGCUCAGUAUCUUGACGACAGUUCUGACGAACUUUAUCAUCAUCAUUAUCUGCCGUCAACGCCGAAGUCAACGAGGUCUACAAAAUCGACGUCGAAACCGAAGCCGAAAGAGACACGGGAGUGACGUUGAGCGACUGGAGCGUCUAGACGACCUCUUCCGGCGCGCGACGACGGCGCCAGCCCAUAGCACCACCACUACCGUCACACAGGACCACUGUGGUGUUAGCCAACACUGAUUGUCAGACGCGGGAACCCCCAGCCUCUACAGUGCUGCUGUAUCAGCAAAAUAGCGGCUCGGUGGCCGCUGGGAUGGCGCUCGCAAUGACGCCCUGGCGGGAGCCGCCGGGCCUCGGCGUGGGCGGUGUCGGCGUCGGUGUAGGUUUAGGGACGUUGGGGGAGCACGAGCUGAUGGGGCUGCACCCGCAUCCUCCGCAGUCCGCCACCCCCCAGUCCGACAAGAACGGGCCCACCGCGGCUCAGAUGCAGGCGCAUAACAUCGAGUGCGUCGUAUGUGGUGACAAGAGUUCUGGAAAGCACUACGGUCAAUUCACGUGCGAGGGAUGUAAGUCGUUCUUCAAACGUAGCGUGCGCAGGAAUCUCAGCUACACCUGCCGAGGGAACAGGAACUGCCCCAUAGACCAACAUCACCGCAACCAGUGUCAAUACUGCCGACUCAAAAAGUGCCUCAAAAUGGGCAUGCGCAGAGAAGGUACGCACUACUAUGAUCUUGCUCAUUCAGGCUCCCAGGCCCGACAGAAACGGUCCCCUAAAGGGGCUGUUUCGUCUACUACGGGCCACAUUAACCGAUGCCAUGGCAAUUUUUGUUCUACUCCUCAAACAACCACAACAACAACACCACAAGAUCAAACUAUGACACAUCUAGUGGCUUCUACAAGUUCUACUUCUCACAGCACAACUUGCUACUCGCCAACUAGGUCAACAACAAGUUAUGGUCGAGUUGCGAGUUGCACUUCCUUAAACAACAUGCUAUUAACAUCUACAUCUCCACCAUCCCAAUUAUCACCAAUUCAACCAACAAGUUGCGGCACAUCGAUGUCCACCCUGCAACUGUUUGGGCACCUGGGCAGGAUCUCGGCCCAGCUCGGCAUCAGCCAGCAGGCAUCAGCGGUUCAACGCGGUCGUGUACCGCCUUCAUCCCACGGCGUCGUUGCUGGCGGGGGCCCUACUGGCGGUGGCGUUCCGGUGGUGGUUCCAUCCCUCCCUGGGCAGAUGCCCGCCAUCGCUGCGUUGGCGAACGGUUCUUCGGGGGCAGCGACGCCGUCAUCGUCUUCGGACGGCUCGCCCCCCCAGCACCCGCCCACCCUCAACGGUGCGUCGUACCUUUCCAGCUUUGUCUCGUUGCUGCUGCGCGCAGAACAGUCGUAUCCCCACUCGAGGUUUGCGCCUGGUAUGGCCGGCCAGAACAACGCGAUUAUGGGCGACAUGUGCGAAUUGGCCGCCAGGCUGCUCUACUCGGCUGUCGAGUGGGCUCGAAAUAUCCCGUUCUUCCCCGAAUUGCAGGUCACCGAUCAGGUGGCGCUACUGCGGCUCGUUUGGAGCGAGCUGUUCGUGCUCAACGCGAGUCAAAGCUCGAUGCCGCUGCACGUAGCGCCCCUGUUGGCGGCUGCGGGCUUGCACGCGUCGCCGAUGGCGGCCGAUCGCGUCGUCGCCUUCAUGGACCACAUCCGGAUAUUCCAGGAGCAGGUCGAGAAGCUCAAGGCGCUCCAUGUCGACGCCGCCGAGUACUCGUGUCUCAAGGCGAUCGUCCUCUUCACAACAGAUGCUUGCGGUCUGUCAGAUGUAACACAGGUGGAAAGCCUGCAAGAAAAGGCGCAAUGCGCCCUAGAGGAAUACUGUCGUUCGCAGUAUCCUCAACAGCCGGCGCGGUUUGGCAAAUUGCUAUUACGGUUGCCAUCUCUGCGCACUGUGAGCUCCCAGGUGAUCGAGCAACUGUUCUUCGUACGUCUCGUCGGCAAGACGCCUAUUGAGACCUUGAUAAGGGACAUGCUGCUAUCGGGGAACUCCUUCAACUGGUCCUACAUGUCGCUUCAGUGACCCUCAUCGGCGCAAGGCCUGGACCCGUGGAGCGCUCUGUUGAGCACUCUCCCCUCGCCGGUGGCUCCUGCCGCAGCCGCUUCUUCACCGCCGUCAUCUCCUGCCCGGAGUAACUCGCAGGGCGGGGCAUCGCCCGCACCCAUUUGGCGACCUGGCGUCACCGAAUCGCCUCCACCGCCGCCGCCUUCGUCGAGUCCGGCUGAGAGGCCGGCGAAACGCCUCAAGAAGGAUGGCGACAGCAACGUCGCCAGCAAUAGCGGCGGACCAAAUUCCAGUACGGCCGCGUGCGGUGGUACGUCGUGUAUCGGCGCGACGAAUUCCACAAUGUCGGCAUCAAGCGCCGCUGUUGCAGCGGUAGGAAUCACCAUUCCGAGCAAGGAGGGUUGCCCCAACAACAAUGUCACGAAGUGAGCCGUGUCAACGAAAACGAACACAAGAAUUGAAUCAUCCAGCGAUCAUGGACCGUUACCGUCUGGCUAUUAUUGAUUUAUAGAAAAGACAGAAACCUACAGAUAAAGCUAAGGUCAUGAUCAUGAUGAUCAACACAUACUACCCAUACAAUAUACACACAAUGAAGAACCAACAAACUACAAACAAACACGUUUAACAAAGAAAAAAUCGUAUCGCUAUGACACGGCUCGUCCAGCCUCAGCUCGCCUCGGGAGUCUGCGCGGACGCUCGUACCAAACCCACUCAAUCAAGUCAUACCGCAUCCAAUAUGUAAAUGCAUAGCAAUGGUGCUCAGAUUCGGAAAAUCAAACCCAAACUAGUCUCGUCGGAGUUGUGUUGCAUCUGG